AUGGGUUGGUUUCCAUGCUCCGGAGGAUCCUAUUCCAAGCGUAAUUCCAAGAAGAAGAGGAAGAUCAAAGACCCACUUAGCCCAAUUCCGCUGUCUUCAGAUAAGUUGAGGUCAAAUUCUUCAGUAAGCUCAAAUGGAACCCCCAAUGAUGGCGGUUCCAAUCAAAUUGCAGCCAAGACUUUCUCUUUUCGUGAGUUAGCUGUUGCAACUAAAAAUUUUCGGGCAGAUUGUCUUAUUGGAGAAGGAGGAUUCGGUAGGGUCUACAAAGGAAAACUGGAAAAUUCCAACCAGAUUGUUGCAAUCAAGCAACUGGAUCGCAAUGGAUUGCAAGGGAAUAGAGAAUUCCUAGUUGAAGUGUUGAUGUUGAGCCUGCUACACCAUCCUAACCUUGUUAAUCUUACUGGGUAUUGUGCUGAUGGAGAUCAGAGACUCCUAGUAUAUGAAUACAUGCCGCUGGGGUCCUUAGAUGACCACCUCCAUGAUCUUACUCCUGGUGAGAAGCGGCUUGAUUGGAAUACCAGAAUGAAAAUUGCUGCUGGAGCCGCAAAGGGAUUGGAGUAUCUACAUGAUAAAGCUAGCCCUCCUGUUAUAUAUCGUGAUCUAAAAUGCUCUAACAUAUUGCUCGGUGAGGGUUAUCAUCCAAAGCUAUCUGAUUUUGGUUUGGCGAAACUUGGCCCAGUUGGAGAUAAUUCCCAUGUAUCAACCAGAGUUAUGGGGACCUACGGCUACUGUGCACCUGAGUAUGCAAUGACAGGGCAGCUAUCACUGAAAUCAGAUGUUUAUAGCUUUGGAGUUGUCCUUUUGGAAAUAAUUACAGGAAGGAAAGCUAUUGAGAACUCCAAAACAUCAGGAGAGCAAAAUCUAGUAGCAUGGGCAAGACCGUUGUUGAAAGAUCGGAAGAAAUGCAUGCAGCUGGCAGAUCCAAUGCUUCAAGGUCAAUUUCCAAUGAGGGGUUUGUAUCAAGCACUGUCAGUAGCUGCAAUGUGUGUCCAAGAGCAGCCUCAUAUGCGUCCUGUGAUCGCCGAUGUUGUCACAGCUCUGUCUUUCCUUGCUUCACAAAAGUAUAACCCUGCAACCCAGCCAGCACAGAAUUCACUCUGGGUGCCUGCUACUCCACCUAGAUCAAGGAAGGAAGGUGGGGAUAAUAAGAAGCAAUCUGACGACAGUGGUUCUGAACGGAGCUUGAAAUAG